CCCUCCAUUCCUAUUAUAAGUCCCAGCUCUCCCUGUCCUGAGGUCAAUUGGGCAGUUCAGAACAAAAGAAACAGCACAGCUACACACAGAAGGAAACCUUCCCAGAAGAGAAAGAAAAGACAGAGAGAGCAUUGUUUCCAAAACUAUGGCCGGCCUCUUCUAUUCUUCAGCUGUUUUUGGGAUCUGUGCACUGGUCUUAGUUUUCAGCUCCUCGUCAUCCACCGUCCAUGCUGGCGGGUUGUCUCACCACCAACUGGGUUUAAUACCGGCUGGAUCAUCCUGCAAGGGAACCGUGGCUGAGUGCCUGGCCGGAGAGGAGUUUGAGCUGGGAUCGGAGAUCAGCCGGCGCAUUCUGGCCACCAGCAGCUACAUCAGCUACGGUGCGCUGCAGAGGAACACUGUGCCCUGCUCUCGACGCGGGACCUCCUACUACAACUGCCAGGGUAGUGGUCAGGCGAACCCCUAUAACCGUGGCUGCAGCACCAUCACAAGGUGCAGGAGUUGAUUUCUUUUCUCUUUUUCUGUAGAACCUUUUCUGAUUUUCUUUUAAAUGGGUUUGAUUGUUUACAUGAAGAAGUUGAAGGAGAAAUAGAUUGGCCGUGGUGAUGAGUCAUUUAGUGCUGUAAUAAUCAUAUUUGGAUGUUUCUGUACAAGAUUAUGCUUAUUGCUAGUAUCCGUUUCUCACAAAUUUUACCUUCAUCUCUUUCCAUGGUGAUUAUUUUCGAAUAAAGAUCUGUGCUUUUUCGCUAA